CACAGCACCACCAAGUCAACCUUUCGAGUUUGACGUCUGAAAUUCUUUAGUUUACGGUUCAAGAUGGCUCUCAAAGCACUUGUCGGGCAAAAGAUUAUGAAUGAAGUUAUCCGCUAUCGCGGACCCAAAGGCAAGGAAUCCCAGCGUAUAGAAUGGAGAAUUCUUAUUGUCGACCAACUGUCCAUGAGGAUGGUGUCAGCAUGCUGCAAGAUGCACGACAUCUCAGCAGAAGGCAUAACUUUGGUGGAGGACAUCCACAAGAAGAGGGAGCCAUUAUGCACCAUGGAUGGCAUAUACCUUAUUACACCUUCGGAGAAAUCAGUUCAUGCACUCAUCAAUGAUUUCUCUGUGGGCAAUCGCAUCAUGUACAAGGCUGCACAUGUCUUCUUUACUGAAGCUUGUCCAGAUAAUCUUUUUGAAGACUUGUCGCGUAGUAAAGUAUCGAAAUACAUCAAAACCCUUAAGGAAAUCAACAUAGCUUUCAUACCAUAUGAGCAGCAGGUGUUCUCCCUGGACUCGCCGGAGACUUUCCAGUGCAUGUACAACCCGGCGUUGGCGCAGACUCGCAACGCCAACAUGGAGCGUAUCGCCGAACAGAUCGCCACGCUUUGCGCCACGCUCGGCGAAUAUCCCUCCGUGCGCUACCGAAGCGAUUGGGAGCGUAACGUUGAGCUGGCGCAACUUAUUCAACAAAAACUCGAUGCCUACAAGGCUGACGAACCUACAAUGGGUGAGGGACCUGAGAAGGCUCGCUCGCAACUUCUAGUGCUGGAUCGCGGCUUCGACUGCGUGUCGCCGUUGCUGCACGAACUCACACUCCAAGCUAUGGCUUACGAUCUGCUGCCCAUCGAAAAUGAUGUCUACAAAUAUGACGCCUCUCAGGGAGGGGCACUGAAGGAGGUGCUCCUGGACGAAAACGACGAGCUGUGGGUGGAGCUGCGCCACCAGCACAUCGCCGUCGUCUCCACCUCCGUCACCAAGAACCUGAAGAAGUUCACGGAGUCUAAACGCAUGGGUGGAGGUGACAAGCAAUCCAUGCGCGACUUGUCGCAAAUGAUCAAGAAAAUGCCGCAGUACCAGAAGGAGCUGUCCAAGUACGCCACGCACCUACGCCUCGCCGAGGACUGUAUGAAGGCCUACCAGGGCUACGUCGACAAGCUCUGCAAAGUCGAACAGGAUUUGGCUAUGGGUACUGAUGCUGAAGGUGAAAAGAUCAAAGAUCACAUGAGGAGCAUUGUGCCAGUUCUGCUAGAUCAGUCUGUGGUGAACUUCAACAAGAUGCGCAUCAUCGCGCUGUACAUCAUGUCCAAGAACGGCAUCUCGGAGGAGAACCUCAACAAGCUGGUGACGCACGCGCAGCUCGAGCCCUCCGACAAGCAGGCGCUGCUCAACCUCGCCAACCUCGGGCACAACGUCGUCGUCGACGGCAAUCGCAAGAAGCAGUAUCAAGUAACGAGGAAAGAGAGAAUCACUGAGCAGACGUACCAAAUGUCACGAUGGACACCCGUUGUUAAGGACAUCAUGGAAGACGCGAUCGAAGAUAAGUUGGACCAACGACACUUCCCAUUCCUCGCCGGGCGCACUCAACCCUCGGGAUACCAGGCCCCUACCAGCGUGCGCUAUGGACAUUGGCACAAAGAUAAAGCACAGCAGACCAUCAAAAACGUGCCCCGUCUCAUCGUAUUUGUCGUCGGCGGUGUAUGCUUUUCGGAAAUCCGCUGCGCGUAUGAGGUGACAGCUGCGGUGAAGAACUGGGAGGUGAUCAUCGGCUCGUCCCACAUACUCACCCCAGACACUUUCCUCUCGGACCUCAGCUCUCUCACCGCCUAAGCAUUUGGAUACUCUCGAAACAUGUAGCAACUUAAAAAUGCAGUCACACUUUAACCAAAUAUAUUUAUAAAGAAAUACUUUCGUGUGAUUAUAAUCUACUUACAUCGUCGAAAUAGCAUUACUACUAGGUAUCAUGUUUGACAGCAUAUCAACCGGUCUUCUUUUGUGAGGUCACCAUCGCAUGCGGUAUCUCGGUACUGGCCCUUAACAUUUAAAUGUAAUAUGGGUGCUGGUGUCUAAAAUGUAUUAAAACUAGUUUGUGUGAAUUUAAAUUAGAAUUAUUGAGAAUCAUAAUAAUAGCUACAAUCGCUAAAUAACUAUGAAAUCCCGAGAUAAUUAUUGUUAUUGCAGUUAUAAAUAUUUUAUUUAUUAAUAUUAUUUUUACCAUUUACUUAUUCUUCAUUACUAUAAUGUACUACAAGUAUUUCACAUAUUAUUAUGAGAACAAUGUUAAAGUUUAGACAUCUUUUUGAAAAUAAUUUAAUGUCAUUGUUUUAAUGGUUUUGUUACUAUUGUGUAAAAUAUUUAUAUUGUUAGCGGAUUUAUAAGAUUUUAGCUUUCAUGUUUAGUUGUUUAAGAAAUAGAAAUGUUAAUUUACUGUAAGUUGACAUUUAAAACUAUUUUAUUUCUGUAUCAGACUGAAAUUACCGAUUUUCUGAUGAGCAAUACCGUUUUAGCGAAGCUAAUUAGUACUAAAUUAUUCAAUACAAAACGGAAUCAUCCGUUUAUUAGGUAACUAUUGUUAGUAUAGUUGUAAUGAUUGCCUUUAUCUUAUGUGUUAUAUUAGCUGUAACUUUGCUUCCUAUCAUAUUUAAUGCCAAAUGCUAGAUCUUGACUAAACAAAGCUUAGUUAAACAGUCACAAUACUAACAUUGUUACUCGUAACCUCUCGCGUGCCGCACGGUCGAACUGCCCCAAUGGCUACGUUUGUUUGACGCCUAUGCAUCGUGUUUGUAUCUAAAUUUAGACUUUACAAAUCGCUAGUGUUUUUAAAAUAUAGACUUUCAUCUUUGCGAAUUGUUAACUCUUCUAUUACCGUGUUAAACAUAAGUGUUAGUCGUGUCUACAUUCCGAUACUCGGUAAAUACAAAUAUUAUAAUUGUAUUAUUAUUGUGUAGGUUUAAUUGUAGUUGAACGGUACAAAAUAUAUCACAAUUCUAUCCAAUAUCAAAAUAUAAUAUUUAAUAGCCUUAGCAUGGAAGAAGUCAGGCUAGUUCUCGCCUUAUUUAAAGCCGAUAUAGCCAAUAACGUUGACAAGUAGUUAAAUGUUAUCUUUCACGUGUACUUAUUUAUUAUACGAUAAAAACCUCAAUUGGAAAAUAAGCACCAAUGAAAUAUACGCAAAAAAAUAAUUGGAUAAGAAACAACUGGGAUUGUGGUGUAAUAUAAACCCCUGUGGUAGGAGUAUGUAAACAAACUGAUUGUGAUAUAUGAUGCUUCGUUAUUAAAUAACUGAAAACCCAGUGGUCAUGUAUUAAAAAAAUCAAAUGACACGAAGCUGCCACAAGUAUUGUAAUCAUUUGUGCAAUUAUUGUAGAGAACAUAAUAAAAUUAUUGUCUAAACACAUUUAAUGAUCAGUAUUGAACUGUUAAAGUUUCAUUAAACUAUUUAAUCAUCUUA